GAGUCUCCGCCACAUUCACGUUCCGCGCAGCCGCACCACGGACAAACCGUCACCCGCGCGGCGGUAGGGGCCGAGGCAAGAUGGCGGCGGGGAUCCUGGUCAGGUCAAUGAGGAGCUGGAGGAUGAUGCAGAAAUCUUGGUCCUGUGGCUCCGGCUCACGGACGGCCCCGUGCCCCCUGUGCGCGCCAGCAUUCCUAGGCACUGCCCGUCACAGCUUGGGCUCUCGUCUCAUCCUCCUGUCCCCAGCCGGCGUGCGGUACAGCAGUACAGAGCCUCCCCCGCAGGUGUCCCUUGGCGAAGAGGUUGCCCAGUCAACAUCGGUGCCCGCUGCAGUGCCCACUCCACCGGCUGAGCUGCUUGAUGCCGCCGGAGAUCUGGUGCGGGAGGCAGGGCUGGUGGAGCUGGGCUUGGGAGGGUACACUCCUGUCGGCAUGGUUCAGAACAUCCUGGAGUUCAUGCACCUUGACCUGGGCCUGCCCUGGUGGGGGGCCAUCGUGGCUGGGACAGUGCUGGCUCGGACUCUGGUGUUCCCGGUCAUUGUGAAGGGUCAGCGGGAGGCAGUGAAACUCAACAACCACCUCCCGGAAAUGACCAAACUCACCAACAAGAUGAAUGAGGCCAAGACCACCGGCAACAAGUUUGAAUUUGCUAAAGCGUAUUCGGACCUGAUGCUGUUCCAGAGGAAACACAAUAUCAAUCCGCUCCGUGGGUUCCUCGUUCCCCUCGUCCAGGCACCUAUCUUUAUCUCGUUCUUCGUCGCCCUGCGACAGAUGGCAUACCUGCCUGUGCCCAGCUUGCAGACUGGCGGCCUGUGGUGGUUCACAGAUCUCACAGCUGCAGACCCCUUCUACCUGCUGCCUGUAAUCGUCACGGGAACCAUGUGGGGCAUCCUGGAGCUCGGUGCUGAGUCCGGUGUUGAUAAUCCGAACCUCCGGACAAUGAAAACCGUUUUCCGCAUAAUGCCUUUGGUGAUCCUACCGUUCACGAUCUCCUUCCCCACGGCAGUCUUCACCUACUGGCUGACCUCCAACCUCUACUCCCUGGUUCAAGUGGGCUUCCUGCGUCUGCCAGCUGUACGUCGGACGCUGAAAAUCCCGGAACGCAUCAAACACGACGCCUCCGUGCUGCCUCGCAGCGAGGGCUUCCUCAAGAGUGUGAAGUCAGGGUGGAAAAAUGCGCAGGCAGCCCAGCAGCUCCAGGAGAAGGACAGGAGGAUUAAACACCACCUGGACCUUGCAGCCAAAGGGCCCCUGAGACAGACCUUUGCUCAGAAUCCACUGCAGCAGGAGAGUACGUCCGGCACGCUCGAGGGAGCGAGGAAAAGCAAGAAACGCCCGUGGGAGGACACCAUCGGCUAGUGGGUCCCUCGGCCUGUGGGCAGGAACUCUUGUCGUUCAGCAUCCAGCCAGAGACUUUUACAUUAAAAGCUGUUUAUCUCA